AUGUUGACGGAAAUGUCAACACAGUAUAAAAUACCUGGUGACCACAACAACGGGUCUAUUAUAUUUGCAGGACAGUUUAACAAGUUAGGAAUAUCUUUAAACACAAGUAAUACCACAGGAUUAAUCCAAGCGGAACAAAUUGUCUCCCUCAAACAUGCAUCCUUCACCAAUGUAAAUGCCCAAACUCAAGAUGGAUCCGUUUUAAUAUGCCCUUUGACCAAUGUCUGGAAUGUAGUUCCUGAUCAAGGUGCCGAAUGGUCUGUUGAAUUUCCUCAAGAAAUGCAAGGUAUAAAUCCAACCAAGGCAAGAUUGUAUAUCCCCACCACCGAGAACUCAGUUAAAUUAUUUAGAAUCUAUUCAUUCCCCGCAAAUGGUAUUAUGAACCUUAGUUAUAUUGAUCCCGAAACAAACGAAUUAGCCUUCUGUGAUGCUUGGUGUCCAUUGACUAGUUUCACCAAUUUGAAUGAAAUUGCAACUUCACAACAACCUACAAGUAACAAUGACACAUUUGCUGACAAUGGUAGUUUCUUCAAGUAUAUGGAUGACUCAUUGACAAAUACCUUGGGCUAUGGUACUAAUUUCCAAGAGUUUGCCUUUGUGAAUAGUGUACCAAUGGAUAAAUUAACCAUUACUGUUCUUGACUGGUAUGGCUCCCAAGGUUCAUUAGCGGGAUUUCAAUUAUAUCUGGACUCGAUUAUUGUUUAUGGAAAUGACUUGCUAAAUGAAGCAAACUGUGACGGUGCGAGAGUGAGUUCUUCUAGUAUAACUUCUGGAACUUUUGAAUCCGUCCAGGAUCUAACUGCCGGUAUUUCCUAUGAUUACUUGAUAUCUCAAGACAGAAACGCAACAAUUGUAUUCACUCCAAACAUUACUUAUUCAGGAAACUACUCCAUUGAUAUCUAUACCCCAGGAUGUGUCCAAGAUAAUUCAUGUUCAAUAAGAGGAAUCGUGAAUGCUGUGGUCCAUGAUGGGAAAGAAGUUGUUUCCAACGAGUUAAUUUUCCAGAAUAAUGAAAACAACAAGUAUGACCAUUUAUACACGGGACACUUCGAUAAAGAUGAUGAUGUCACUAUUGAAGUAUCAUUUGGUAGUUUCAUUGCAGAAGACCAAGGGCAAGCCCCAUGGAUGGUUGUUGAUAAAAUCACUGUUGAUUUACUUGGGUUAGACCCAAUUACUAAAGAAUUUCCCUUAAAUGGAAUAUUUGAAUACUCUAUUGGUAAUUUCACAGAUUUGAAUGUUAAUGUUCUGAAGGCCGUUGGAAAUUCAAGUAUAAACUCUUUUGGGGCUAGUUUAAACAAAAAUGUGCUUAUUGACCAAGUGAAGGUCUUUGACAAUUCAUUAUUUGUUUUAGGUAAUAACAAUUUAACUCAAUUGAAAAUUGAUUCCUAUGAUACAUCUGCGAAUGAAACCGUUAUAUCUUCAAUUGACACAAUCCCUUUUAAUAAUUCGAUUACAAAUAUGUUUGAUACUGACACUGGGUUAAUCUUUGUUGGAAACUUUAGUCUUCUGGGAGAUUUGAAUAAUUUAUCAAACAACAAGUCUGCAUCUUCGGGUUAUAACGUGGCAAAAUAUGAAGGUAAUCAAUUGAAUACAUUUGGAAAUAAUAAAUUUGAUAGUACCCUAUCAACAUUUGCAAAUGUCACUAUUAGCGGCACCGAAUACUAUGUCUUCUCGGAUGGCAACAACCAAUUCUGGAAUUGGGAUAAUACCAAUAGUACAUGGGUAUCACCUAAGUUCAACCUUACUCAAUCAGCAAAACUUUCAACUGACCAACAACUCCUUGUGGGUAGCAACUUCAACAUUAUGAACUUUACCUCGUCUAAUCAAGCAUAUGCAUCAUCAGCGUUUGGGCGUUUUAAUUUCACCACCGAUAAAUCAUCUUCAAUCACCAAUUCGUUCUAUGUCAAUUCAACAUUAAGUGUAAUUGGAGGUACAUUCACUGCGGGAAAUACAACCAAUAUUGGGCUUGUUAACAAUUCUUAUCCAAAUACUCCGCUUCAAUCAUUGGCUGGCCCGGAGCCUUCUUGGGGAGACAGUCAGAUUCAAUCAUUAUAUGUUGAUAAUAACCAUGAUUAUUUGUUUAUUGGUGUUAAUGGACCUGUCCAACUAGAACUGAAUAAUAUUACCGGAAUGCUUGUGUACUCAUUACAAAAUGGAACUUUUGCUCUGGUUCAACCUGCAACUCUUAGUACUUCCAGUACAAAACGAGAUGAUGAUAAUAUUCAAGUCAAUGCAAUGGUUAUGUAUGACAAGGCAAGAAAGUUGUUAGUUGGUGGGAAGUUCGAUCAGGCAGGUUCGUUAAAUUGUGUCGCCUUAUGUGUUUAUGAUAUUGAUAAUACAAGAUGGGUAAAUCCAACUUCUGACCAACUGAGUCCAAACGUUGUGGGAGAAAUUACCGAUAUGAAAUUUUUCAAGAGUGAUCAAGUGUUGAUUUCUGGUAAAGAUUUGAAAUUAGGCGACGCAAAUGUUGAUUUCUUGAUUUACAAUUUCGAUACCGGUGUGUUUAGCACAAAAGAUUCAUUGAAUUCUGGAAGACCGGUUGAGAAAUUUAUAAUUACCGACACCUCAAAUGCAGACUUGAAUGGGAGGAUGAUUACUGUGGGUAAAGAUUUCGUGGCUGGAUUUGAUGGAAGUAAAUGGAAUACAAUUGAUUCUGAUAUUGAUUAUUCUCAAUCUGCUAAAUUCACUGAUGUCAAGCUCUUAACCGUGGAAAAGUCAACCGAUUAUAACCAAACUUAUUUCAAUAAUAAUCAAAUUUUAAUUCUUGCAGGAACGUUCUCGCUUAAACAAUAUGGACCAGUUAAUGCAGCAUUUUUCAAUGGAACUUCAUGGAUUCCUUAUAUCUUUACCAGUACCCAAACUAAUAAGUUAGGAAACAUCCAAUCAUUGCUUAUUCAAGACUCAUAUCGAUUCCAAUCGUCACAAGAUUUAACGCCUAAGCUUUUAUCGAGAGGCAAAGUGGUAGGUAUAUCAUUUGCUGCGGCGGUUGGGUCCACAGUGGUGUUGGCAUUAUUGUAUAUUAUUCCUUAUUUUGUCUUGUUCAAAAAGAAGGAAAGUCAUGGGCAGUUUGAACGAGCUGAAGGAAUGAGAAUACAUGAAAAGGAUAUGUUGGACGCAGUUAACCCUGAAGAUUUGUUGCAUGAAAUUGAUGUUCAAAGGCGUAUUUAG